AUGUCGUGUGAAGUAAUAGUACGACGUGCUAGGGAUGUAGACCUCAAGAGAAGGAUGGAGUUAGUCCGUCAAGGCUUGUCCGGCUACUUUUGGAGCGCUUUUGUAUAUUUCUUCUUUCAAGAGUUGACACUGGAGUGUUGUGUGCUGGGUGCCGCUGUGUUGUUUAUCUUCUGCGGCUUCUCUCCUGCUGCGUGCUGCCUGGUGCUGCCCACCGCCGUCGCUGUCAUAGCACUCGCAGUCUCCGCCACUCAUCACACGUUAGCACACAGACAAGCUCAGGUUAUAGGUACUGUGAGUGUGUCGGACUACUGGGGACCAAGUGAAGAAGCCUGGCUACAUGCUCUUGUUGUUCAUCCUGAAUGGCGUGGUCGUGGUGUGGGUCGCUCCCUGCUCACUGCAGCAAGACGUGUGUCACUCGAGGGUCCGCGGGCUGUGGGCCGGUCACUGAGGAGCGUCGUGUCUCUGCUACAACCACAGGCCAGGGAAGCCUUGAUAACAUCCGGGUGGCGGAGCGAGGGUCUGUACGAGCGGCCACUCUGCGGCGCCGCGCUCACACUACCGCUUGAGAGACUCGUCACUACCGAACCCCCCGACCGUUACGACCUCUAG